AUGAAGAAGAUGUCAAUAUCCCCAAUUCAAGGAGAUACUCGUCCAGACGUCGAGGAGCUAAUGGAGAUAAAAGAAGAGGAAGAAGAAGAUAAAAUAACAGAGGAACAAUCAAGUCGGACACCGAAACUCGUGCUUGUCAUCACAAUUCCAUACGUGAUAAUUCUUCCAUUAUUCUCCAGAAAUCUCCAUGAUUGGUAUACAACUUCUCUUCUUUGUCUUUUCGUCUGUUUCACUCUUGAUCUAGUUGCAAUCGGACUCAGAUUCUACCCAAUUCUUCGUCCAUUAUCCUCACUUGAAGCAGCUUCUCUCACCGCAAUGCUUCUUUUCUAUGCGAAAUAUAUUUGUCUGAAAUAUCAAUCUCCUCUCUCAUGUUUUCUGUUAUUAAAACUGAAAACUACACAUAAGAAAAUGUUCAAAGCGAUGGUUGAGGACGACUUUUGA